AUGGAAGACAAAAACGAGACCAAGAAAAGCGAGGUCGAGGUCGAUGGCCUUGGGCUGAUUGAUGUCGCUGCUGAGGACGAUAGUCUCCUCUUCUCCUCGUUUCCCGACCCUACAAGCUACGAUUUUUCCGAGGCAGAUGAUGAUGAAAAAUGUUUCAAGGAUGAGAAAGAUCAAAGUAUCUUGAGCGAUGCACGAUGCUGUGAUGAAGAGAUACUGGUCUCUUCGAAAGAAGAAAAGGAAGAAGUGCUUCAACCUCACGAGUCGCCUGAACCUCAGAAAGUGAUGAAGAGUGGCAAGUAUAACUUGCGUAAAAGUCUUGCCUGGGACAAUGCGUUCUUCACGAGUGCAGGUGUUUUGGAACCCGAAGAACUGUCCAGCAUGAUGGAAAGCAAUCAUAAGAGUGGAAGGAAAGCUUUACCUACCAUUGAAGAAGAUAUUAAUAGAUCAACAGAAUCUAUCUCUACAUUUCAAAGUGACUGCACUGUGGAAAACAGUCAGGAGUUUGUUUUGUUUGAAGAUGUAAGAGCUUCUAUUCAGAGAUCUGCUAAAGCAUCUGAUGCUGCAACACCGGGGAAAAAUAAUGAGCUGGGAGCAAUAGAAGUAGCAACAAGCCCAACUUCAAGUACAUUGGACGUCCUUCCCUCUCAGGAAAAGAUGAAACCCAAAGCCAGUCCUAAGAAGCCGAGUAUUAGAGCACAAGGACUAGGGAAAGCAACAAAACAGCCUGUUGCUACAAGAGGUCUCAGUACAUCCAUUUCCAAGCCACCUAAUGGACUCAGCAAAGCCAGGUCUUUGCCAACAACAUCAACGAACAGGGCAUCACUAGAUAUCAGCAAAACCAAGCAAGAAAAGAAUUCCAAAUUACCUGCGGGUAAAGAGCCUUUGGGUCACAAAGUAUCCAAUUCGCGAAGUGCUAGACCCACAUUGCCAAAACCUGUUGUGCUUAAGUCAACUUUACGUUCUUCAGCUGCCUCAAAGAAUGAAUUGACUUCUUCCUGUGCUUCACUAGAGAGCUGUGCCAGUGCUUCAUCUAGCGCUUCCCACAAAUCUUCUCUAGAUUCGAUAAAGAAGAAGAAUGAUUUAAGUUCCAGAUUAGCUUCCCAGUCAUUGGCAAACCGAUCUACAUCUAGGGGUAUAAUGGGCCAGCCGAGAAUCCCACCACACCCAACCAAUAAGACAUCCAAGCCCAAGCUUUCCUCUAGUGUACCCUCUGCUGGCUCUAUCAGUGACUGUUCAUCAGAGUCAUCACGAGCUUCUGCAACUAGCAAAAUGGCUAAAAGCAACCAGAAAACCGUCUCUGGCGAAAAGAGUCCUUUGAAUGAUAACUCAGCGCAGACUGUGAAGCCUCUCAAGAACUCUAAAGAUGCAUCUGUUGUUCAAGCUGAUGCUAAGGAAGGCAGUAAACGAGUUUCAGCUAUCAAUGGUGGUUUGGUUCCUUCAGCUUCCGGGAAACCAUCGGGUCUCCGUGUGCCAUCACCAAAAAUUGGUUUCUUUGAUGGAGCCAGACAUGGAUCAUCGUCAUCUGCCAGUAAGAAGUCUGGAAAGUCUCAACCCGCGAGGUCUCCAAUACAAGAGCCGUUGAAUUCGAAAACAAAGGCAAGUUCAAGGCUUGUCUCUGACUCGUCUCCAAAACUUCCCAACAAAUUGUAUUCCAAAAUCAAUGCAGAAGAUCAACUUGAGGGGUGA